AUGACGUUCAUAAUAAUUUAUCAUUUAAGUCUUGAUACAUAUUAUUUUAUUUUAUUUAUUUAUCUUAUAAGACUAACCCUACUUGACUUUAGAAAAAUCAAGUAGUGAUUCUCUCAUAUUUGUUUGAUAAUGAUUUAAUUACAAAGACUUAGGUGAGCUCUUAUUAUGAAUUGAAAGUAAUGAAAGAAGUCCAAGUCUUUAGCCUAAGGAAGAAGCCCAAGUCUUCAACUUAAGGAAAAGCCCAAGUCUUAUGGAGAGGGCCGACCUAAUAUAUUUAUGGGCCUAAGAGAGGACGUCACCUUGACCCAGUCCAUUUGGACUUAAAAAAGGCUAUCAAGAAAUGAGAUCUAGGCCACCCAUCUUAGGGCGUCUUAAGAUGAGAUUAAGAGAAGGAUUAAAGCAUCACCCUCAUGGAAAAAUUUGGCCUGUCCACCAAAAGAGUUGGUUAUUAAUCAUAACCAUUUAUUAGAAGAGCCUAAUUCUUGAGAGGAUUAAGGCAUCUCACCCCCCUCUUAGAGGGUACUUUUUGGCUCUCUCUAGCAGUGGCUAGUUGAAGGAAAAAGGAAGGAAAUCAAGACCUGAUCAAUGGUAUUCUCGUGCUCAAGAUCGUCGUGGAGAAGAGAUUACUUGGAGCGCUUCAAGAUUGUCGUGGAUCAAGCACUACUAGGCUUAGGACUGGUACACAACGAGGUAUGUGCAAGAUUUGGAUAUGGGACUUUUUCGUCCUUGUAAUCUUCUUCGUGAAUAGAUUAACUUUUAGUUUAGAUUAGUUUGACCAUUUAUUUUAUCAUUCCAUUGUGUUAGAUUCAUUCUCUCCUUUUUGUCACACUUUCUAUUUCUCUUAUCUUUAUAUUUUUUAGAUUUAAUUUCGCCCUUCACAAUCUUAAGUAUAUCUAUGUAUAUAUAAGAAAUAAAAUAACUAAAAUUUUUACUCUCAUUAUCCACACUCCCUAGAUCAACCCUUACUUAUCCUAAGUAGAAGAGUGAGCUUUUAUAAAUAUUAUUUACAUAAAUUUAGUUACAUCACGAUGACAUAUCUAACUUCUAAAUCGAGUUCAUCACCUUGAGAAAUAUAUGUACUAAACUUGAUGAAGAAGACUCAAGAUACUCUAUUAAUAGACCAGCCACAUGA